AGCCUGUUCCUUGUCGCGCGCAGGUAGGCAGCAGCGGCAGCAGGAUUAGUAGGGGUCGUGUGAAGAAGCCAUGAAACACUAUGAGGUGGAGAUUCUGGACGCGAAGACGCGAGAGAAGCUGUGCUUCCUGGACAAGGUGGAGCCCCAUGCCACCAUUGCCGAGAUCAAGAACCUCUUCACCAAGACCCAUCCACAGUGGUACCCUGCCCGCCAGUCCCUCCGCCUGGACCCCAAGGGCAAGUCCCUGAAGGAUGAGGACGUCCUGCAGAAGCUGCCUGUGGGCACCACGGCCACACUCUACUUCCGGGACCUGGGGGCCCAGAUCAGCUGGGUGACGGUCUUCCUGACCGAGUACGCGGGGCCCCUUUUCAUCUACCUGCUCUUCUACUUCCGGGUGCCCUUCAUCUACGGCCACAAGUAUGACUUCACGUCCAGCCGGCACACGGUGGUGCACCUUGCCUGCAUCUGCCACUCAUUCCACUACAUCAAGCGUCUGCUGGAGACGCUCUUCGUGCACCGCUUCUCCCACGGCACCAUGCCCCUGCGCAACAUCUUCAAGAACUGCACCUACUACUGGGGCUUCGCCGCUUGGAUGGCCUAUUACAUUAACCACCCUCUCUACACACCCCCCACCUAUGGAGCUCAGCAGGUGAAACUGGCCCUCGCCAUCUUCGUGAUCUGCCAGCUUGGCAACUUUUCCAUCCACAUGGCCCUGCGGGACCUGCGGCCAGCUGGGUCCAAGACCAGGAAGAUCCCAUACCCCACCAAGAACCCCUUCACCUGGCUCUUCCUGCUGGUGUCCUGCCCCAACUAUACGUACGAGGUGGGAUCCUGGAUUGGCUUUGCCAUCAUGACACAGUGUCUCCCAGCUCCCCAGGAAUUCCGGGACUGA